UCACACAGCAGAGCACAGCUGUCCCUCAAGAUAACAUGUUGACCCCUCUCCUUCUGUCCCAUUACAGCCAAUCAGAUGAGGAGGACAAGGAGGAUGAGCAUGUGGACAGCAACGACCCAGAGCAGAUGUUUCAGAACAUCCAGUUUCAGAAGGAGAUCAUCGCCAACAUACGCACCCGAGCCUGGCCCAUGAGACGCAAGCUGAAAGCCCUCAAGUAAGGCACAUAGAUGCACACUGAAUACAGUAGACACACAUGUACACACCAUCACCAACAUACACACCCGAGCCCGGCCCAUGAGACACAAACUCAACUCUCUGAAGUAAACCAUGCACGCACACACACACACACACACACACACACACACACACAGGAAAUCCCACACACUGUAUUACUUAAUGCUGUAUUGCUUAAUGAAAGUGGUCAAAAAAUGUCGCAGUGAAUGUCAAUGGACUGUGCUGUGUCCACCACCGGAGUACUCAAGCCUGUGUUAUGGUAUUGUCCAUCACCGCGAUACUCAAGCCUGUGUUAUGGUAUUGGAGGUGACAAAAAACAUUCCAGCUUUUCAUACAUUGCAAAUUAUACACCUCCGCAGAGGAACAGUAGGCCUUUAUAUUGCAUUGUUUUUGUGAUUAUACAAAAUAAUCAAAUGAAUUAGAAAAUGGGGCUUACCCAAGAAAAAAUGUCCAACAGUUACUACUAACUAAUUCAUGGUAAAAUGUGUAAUAGUCAUAAUACUAAUUCAAGGUAACAGGUGUAGGAGCUCAAAAUAACCCAGGCAGAGAUUAAGGUACAGCAUCUUAGAAUGCUCCCAAAUGGCACCCUAUUCCAUAUAUAGGGUCUAUAGGGCUCUGGUCAAAAGUAGUGCACUAUGUAGGGAAUAGGGGGUCAUUUGGGACGCAACCUUAGCUUUCAUUCCUUAAGAUGGACAGGACAGGUAUACAAAUUGAUUUGUCACGACAUGCAUAUGCAUUUGACCACAGUAUAAGAACCCCCCAAACCCCCAUGCAUAUUCAUGUGCAUGUUUUUUCCCUCUUAGCAGUUUUUUUUUCUCUCCCUGCAGUCUGUGGUUAUCCAAAUACAUUAACAUGUCAGAUAGGGGAAACAUGUAAACACUAGCUCUUCAUUAAUAACUGAGAGCUCAUAAAUGGUGAAAAAGCGCUAACUCUCCGUCGCUAAUGUGCGGAGGAGCCAUCGGAGUGUAAAGCGUGAGGCGAAGAAAAUAAUGAUUAACAUCCUCCCGGGCUCCUCGCUCCCUCGCCACGUUAAUGGCUCCUCGCCCCCUCGCCACAUGAAUGGCUCCUCGCCCCCUCGCCACGUUAAUGGCUCCUCGCUCCCUCGCCACGUUAAUGGCUCCUCCCACAGAAAAUAAACCAAAUUAGCAGGGUAAUUAUUUCAUCACCUGUUAGUUCGCCUGGUUCCUCUUUUUACUGGGGUCAGAACCUCCAGUCCCACACACACAUUGCUUAUACAAACACCACGUGUGUAGACGGACCCCUGAUACAUUUGAGCUUUUUUCCUGUUCUGGGAUUUAGGAUGCUAUUAAAUUCAAAUCUGAGUCUGGAUGUCUCCUGACAACACAACAGAUUAGACAUUUGGGCCGAGUCCGGAUACCUGUACAUUUGUCCUAAAUAGUAGCCUUUUUGGGUAUGCGAAAAUGUUAAGUGUUAUAAUAUGUCAAAUUGAUCAAAUUUAGUAUGCUUAAAAUGCCAGGAUGUCAUACUCAUGUCGACUUUUCAUAUAGUAUUCUUUCACUGCUCACUAUUGAGGAAGAUAAUUGUAUUUUCAGACCCACGUGUGAUUGACAACAGCUGAUAAGGGGAUGGGUUGUAAAUGUACCAAAAUGAACGAAUGGCGAAGACUUCCCAUUGAGCACAAUCUACAUAGAAAAUACAUUGGAUUCGAAACUGUUGUUUUGAGAGUGAAAUUUCAACCACAGGAUUAUGUCAUCAUGGUAACCAAUUUUCAACAUAGACAAACCUUGUAUAAAAUAUGUUGAAUUUAUACCUUUAAAACACUGUCAGAUCUUCAAUGUUAUAUCCCCUUUCAGAAAAACAAACAAUAGGCUGGGCAGCACCUCCUACUGGAGAAUUGAUCUAUCUACAGCUACACUUUGGUGUCCCAUCCAGGAUUUUAACCAAGCCCUGCUUAGCUAUGAUGUCACUGACUAGUACCAAUGUGCUAUCGUGAGAAUGAUUGUUGAGAGAUCUCCACUUAGAUUCACUGUUGAUAUCAAAGUCAUUCCAUACUUUAUCACUCAUAUACCAUCAAUGAUGCUAUUUAAGCCUACAUUGCAUUUGCAAAGUCAUCAACAGCGAUUGCUUAAAUUCAACCCAGUAUUCAACAGAGAAUUACAGUACAACAAUAGGCCUAGGGUUUCAAGCGCUGGAUGAUUUCAAAUGUAAUGUUGAUAUUUGGUUGUGUUGACAACCAAAAACAAUUCAAAAUCACUUUUGAAAUACAAUAAAUAGCCUAUUAACUUGUCUACAAGUUAAGAAAUUAUGUUGGAUUCACGUCUUCAACUCAACCAAAAAUUAAAGUUAAAGAACGGGAUUAAGCCAGUGGCUCAGAUGGAACUCUCCAAGCAGUAGAUACGUCUACUUUAAAUGUUGAUAUUUGUUUGUGUUGUCAACCAAACACACAGUAAAUAGCCUAACCACAUAUAGCUGUGAUUGAGUACAGCCAUUUUGAGAGAGAGGUAGAGAGAGAGAGAGAGAGAGGCUAGAAGAGGCAUGAAAAGAGAGAGAGAGAGAGAGAGAGAGAGAGAGGAGAUAGAGAGAGAGAGAAGAGAGCGAUCUAGAGAGAUCGAUCAGCGCAUCCGCUCUCUAGCAUCGCGAGCGCUACGCUCGCUCGCUCUCGCUCUCUCGAUCUCGCUCUUACUAAGCCUCCCUGUGCUGAGUGGGUUCUAGCUAUAACAGGUUUUAUAUGGGUGGUUUGAUAUUACUGCUCUAGGCUUUAUGACCAUCACAGGGAUGAGAUGCAAGCCUGCGUUUUACGUCCUCAGUAAUCUCUGGGUGAAUACUGCUGAUUACACGCCCUGCAAAAACACCUCAUAUUUUACACUGCAGAUCACUGGUUCCUACCCCCCGUUUUCACCUGCAUUGCUUGUUGUGAAAUUCCUAUCCCUGUUAUCUCGAUGUCAAUUUGAUUGUAUUGAGAGAAAAAAUGAGAUUUUUAACAACGGCAUACUCUACUUUUUUUCUGUAUUAAAUGUUUUACUGGUUUGUCAGCUAAGUGGAAUCGUAGUUCAUCAAAUUUCUAUCAUUUAUUGAAUUAUAUAUUUAUAUUUUAUAUUUACAGUGUAUUUUAUUGAUAUACACUACCGGUCAAAAGUUUUAGAACACCUACUCAUUCAAGGGUUUUUCUUUAUUUUUACUAUUUUCUACAUUGUAGAAUAGUAGUGAAGACAUCAAAAAUAUGAAAUAACACAUAUGGAAUCAUGUAGUAACCAAAAAAGUGUUAAACAAAUCAAAAUAUAUUUUAUAUUUGAGAUUCUUCAAAGUUGCCACCCUUUGCCUUGAUGACAGCUUUGCACAUGCAAGGGUUUAACCUGCUGCAAUUGCUUUUUGUCUGAAUUUACAUCAAUCUCUGGAAUCAUAAUUUGCAUUUAUUUAAAUAUGUUUUACUAUAUCUGAUUUAAAAUCUGAACCUAGAUCAGUGUAUUGAAUCAUAUUCACUCUUCCAGUGUGAUGUGUGUGUGUUUCUGCUGACUUUAGAUCAGAGUUUAAAAGCCAUUGUUAUCUCCCUGUGUUUGUUCCAGGCAGGCCAGAGAGAUUGUCCUGAAGUACGAGGGGAGGCUAACAAGGACCAGAGGAUACCAGGCUGCCGGGGCGGAUGUGGGUUCACACACACACACACACACACACACACACACACACACACACACACACACACACCUGUUCUGAUAAACAACACAUACUGCAAGAAGGUUCACACACACACAUAUUAUACAACACAUUGACUGUACCACUUAAAAUUCAUCUUCAUGUUCAUAGUUUCACUUUGACAUUUUUUUACUGCAACACAUUUGAUUGCAUGUGGACAAGGAUAUAAUAUUUUGUCAAAGAUAUGGGGGUUCUAGUAAACAAUGGCAAGUAUUACAUUUCCACAUCUCAUAGCGUGCUGUGGUUUUCAAACAAUGAAACAAACCCUGCUGUGCCAAUAAUGUUUCACAAACUCAUUGAAACUCUAAUUUCAACACAGAUAUGAAGAUGUUAACACUUUUAGGCAUAUAAAUGCGUCAUGCUACUUUUCACAUAUGAUUUCAUUGAAAAUUAGCUAAGAGAAUUAGACUCCUAUUUCUCCACUGCAGUGCAGCUAUCUGAUGCCUUCAGCCUGAUUUUUACUGUGUCCAUUCCCUCUAUUCUCUAGGCUGAGUUAUACACUUAACAUUGCCUUUCUGUUCUCACUGUGUUUACGAGACAGCGAGGUUAGAGCUCUACACUGCUCCCUCUGCCUGUAGGCUUCUCUCUGUACACACACACACACACACACACACACACACACACACACACACACACACACACACACACACACACACACACACACACACAUACACACAAACACACACACACAUAUAUAGACGCGCACACACACACACACACAUAUAGACGCGCACACACACACACACACAUAUAGACGUACACACACAAACAUAUAGACGCGCACACACACACACACACACACACACACAUAUAGACGUACACACACACACAGCCUCAGCAAACCGCAGCCAAGCAAAUUUAUAGCCUGUUGUUAUGGUUCGGUUUAAUUAAAAUGUUCCGAAGGCAUUGGGCCAGCCUACCCAAGAACCAUUAAAAUUAAUUGACUUUUAGCAAGUAGAUUGAUGAUGAAUAAUUAAUUAUAUAUACAUAUUGGCUUCUGCUUAAUUACAAUUUAGAAAUCACAUCCAUGUGUUCAACGAGUGGACUUAUGUGUAUAUGAAUAAUAAUAUCUUGACUUUUGAAUUAAGUACCCCUCUGUAUAUCAUGAAAUGAAUUAAAUACAAUAUGCAUGUAUGGUACAGUAGGAUCUGUACAUUUGAUGUUACGUGAUGGGACUUGACUGGUGUUGCUUUGUAUGUGUAGAUAACUGAAUCAACAGAUCUUCUCUGAGUAAAUUAAGCAAAGAGUUUAACCUCUUCCUCCUUCUUAAACACAAAUAUACACACACACGCACGCGCGCUUGCGCGCACGCACACACACACGCGCACACACCCUGAAAAUAAUUUACUGUUUAAGUCCAAUGGUAUGGGCAUCUGAAAUAAGACAUGAUAAUAACAGUAAAUCAAUCAAUCAAAAAAGGCUCGCACACAAUUAUAUAUAUAUAUAUAUAUAUAUAUAUAUAUAUAUAUAUAUACUGCUCAAAAAAAUAAAGGGAACACUUAAACAACACAAUGUAACUCCAAGUCAAUCACACUUCUAUGAAAUCAAACUGUCCACUUAGGAGGCAACACUGAUUGACAACACAUUUCACAUGCUGUUGUGCAAAUGGAAUAGACAACAGGUGGAAAUUAUAGGCAAAUAGCAAGACACCCCCAAUAAAGGACUGGUUUUGCAGGUGGUGACCACAGACCACUUCUCAGUUCCUAUGCUUCCUGGCUGAUGUUUUGGUCACUUUUGAAUGCUGGCAGUGCUUUCACUCUAGUGGUAGCAUGAGACGGAGUCUACAACCCACACAAGUGCCUCAGGUAGUGCAGCUCAUCCAGGAUGGCACAUCAAUGCGAGCUGUGGCAAGAAGGUUUGCUGUGUCUGUCAGCGUAGUGUCCAGAGCAUGGAGGCGCUACCAGGAGACAGGCCAGUACAUCAGGAGACGUGGAGGAGGCCGUAGGAGGGCAACAACCCAGCAGCAGGACUGCUACCUCCGCCUUUGUGCAAGGAGGAGCAGGAGGAGCACUGCCAGAGCCCUGCAAAAUGACCUCCAGCAGGCCACAAAUGUGCAUGUGUCUGCUCAAACGGUCAGAAACAGACUCCAUGAGGGUGGUAUGAGGGCCUGACGUCCACAGGUGGGGGUUGUGCUUACAGCCCAACACCGUGCAGGACGUUUGGCAUUUGCCAGAGAACACCAAGCUUGGCAAAUUCGCCACUGGCGCCCUGUGCUCUUCACAGAUGAAAGCAGGUUCACACUGAGCACAUGUGACAGACGUGACAGAGUCUGGAGACGGCGUGGAGAACGUUCUGCUGCCUGCAACAUCCUCCAGCAUGACCGGUUUGGCGGUGGGUCAGUCAUGGUGUGGGGUGGCAUUUCUUUGGGGGGCCGCACAGCCCUCCAUGUGCUCGCCAGAGGUAGCCUGACUGCCAUUAGGUACCGAGAUGAGAUCCUCAGACCCCUUGUGAGACCAUAUGCUGGUGCGAUUGGCCCUGGGUUCCUCCUAAUGCAAGACAAUGCUAGACCUCAUGUGGCUGGAGUGUGUCAGCAGUUCCUGCAAGAGGAAGGCAUUGAUGCUAUGGACUGGCCCGCCCGUUCCCCAGACCUGAAUCCAAUCUGGGACAUCAUGUCUCGCUCCAUCCACCAACGCCACGUUGCACCACAGACUGUUCAGGAGUUGGCGGAUGCUUUAGUCCAGUUCUGGGAGGAGAUCCCUCAGGAGACCAUCCGCCACCUCAUCAGGAGCAUGCCCAGGCAUUGUAGGGAGGUCAUACAGGCACGUGGAGGCCACACACACUACUGAGCCUCAUUUUGACUUGUUUUAAGGACAUUACAUCAAAGUUGGAUCAGCCUGUAGUGUGGUUUUCCACUUUAAUUUUGAGGGUGACUCCAAAUCCAGACCUCCAUGGGUUGAUAAAUUUGAUUUCCAUUGAUAAUUUUUGUGUGAUUUUGUUGUCAGCACGUUCAACUAUGUAAAGAAAAAAGUAUUUAAUAAGAUUAUUUCAUUCAUUCAGAUCUAGGAUGUGAUAUUUUAGUGUUCCCUUUAUUUUUUUGAGCAGUGUAUAUAUACACACACACACACACACACACACACACACACAAACAAACAAACAAACAAACACUAAUACAAAAUGGUCAUCAUAUUUUCAGCUGCUGAAGAAGGUCUCCAGGUUGCUGUACAACAUUGUGGUUCUGUUCAUUCCCUGGGAGAUGAGGAUCAAGAAAAUAGAAAGUAACAACUUUUAAUGAUCUCUUUUAUUACUUACUUGAACAUGUAAGAUAUUGACUAUAUUACAGUAACAUUUUAUUUCAUUUCCUUUUACUGUAAUGUGUAUUUGAUUGUAAAGCGUAUUGGCACACUGUCGCCACACACAAACUUCCACACUUCCACACUCAUCGCAGACGCUGCUGCUACAGUCUAUUGUCUAUCCUGUUGCCUAGUCACUUUAUCCCUACCUAUAUGUACAUAUCUAUACCCUGUGUAUAUAGCCAAGCUGUCAUUGCUCAUUGGGUAUUUAUUCCUCGUGUUACAAUUGUUUUUCUAUUAUAAUUAGUUUAUUUUCGUAUUGUAUUCUGCAUUGUUGGGAAGGGCCCGUAAGUAAGCAGUUCACUGUUAGUCUACACCUGUUGUUUACGAAGCAUGUGACAAUUACAAUUUUAUUUUAUUUAGAUUUUCCCCUAGUACAGAUCCAGGAUCAGCUUCCCCUCCCCCAAUCCUUAACUUAACCAAUAGUGGUGAAAAUGCAAAACUGACCCAAGAUCAAUGUCUAGGGGAAACUUCACCCUACACCCCUGUCUCUGUAUCCCUCUUAGGUCACUUUGGGUCAGGGGUGGCCUCGUACUUCAUCUUCCUCCGAUGGCUGUUUGGUAUCAACAUAGUCCUUACCAUCAUGACUGGAGCAUUCAUAGUCAUACCUGAGGUAACCGUGUGUGUGUGUGUGUGUGUGUGUGUGUGUGUGUGUGUGUGUGUGUGUGUGUGUGUGUGUGUGUGUGUGUGUGUGUGUGUGUGUGUGUGUGUGUGUGUGUGUGUGUGUGUGUGUGUGUGUGUGUGUGUCUUCCUUAUGUCCGAGGGCAAUCAGUGCUCUAUCUUGGUCAGGUCGUUAUUGUAAAAUAAUGUGUUCUCAAUGACUUACCUGGAUAAAUAAGGGAACAAUUAAACAAUAGAAGAACAGGUGAAGUGUUUGUACCAUAGAUGUGUGUAUUAUGAGUAAAAAAUUAAGUUAUUAGUGAAAGGAUGUCAACUGAAUUCUGAAUAAAACAAAACUUAAAAAUAGCAAUAGAGAAUUUCAAUUUUAUUUAAUACGAUUUGACUGCUCCAAACGUAGACUGUAGCUGAAUGUCACUAUGGUGAAUUGUAUGCAGAGGAUACUAGAGAGGACCUAACAGAUAUCGUAAAUUCCGGUAUGUGCUUGCAAAGUAUGACAAUAAAAAUCAGCACUUUUGGUGCCAGCCGUCACAAAUAAGCGUAGAGGGCAUUGUUUUUGGUCUAGGUAUGGCGGGAAAAGCAGGGCUGAUUUAUUUAGCCGGCUGACAUGCAGACACAGGCAAUUUCCCCAGACAUCAGCUGGCGCAUCACUCACUCCCAAUCUCCUGCAUUUAGUCCCUCUUUCCUUCCAUUCAUUCUCCAACCAACCUUUUCCCUCCUUCAUUCACCCCAACCUCACAGAUUGGACUUUUCCUUUGUAAACUGGAGUUUUCAGUUUUCAGAGAUAAGUUGACUUUAGUCUGGAUUCAAUCCGAUCGCAGGUUGCAGACAAUGCGGCUUUUAGCUUGGAUGGGACAAUACAACAUUUUACCGUCAUGGUGAAGCUGAAUGGUUUAUGUACUAUAAUUCAGUCAAUAUAGAUUUAUUUUUUUUAAGCAUUGAGUAUCUGACUCCAUUUCCCACCUGUUAUUUAUCAGAACUUACCGUUUCUACUUGAUACAUAUAGACCGACCAAUGUUAUGGUUGGUUGGAGAUCAUUGUAGAUUAUGAUUGGAGGAAAAUCAGAAAAUACAAAAUAAAGGGAAAAUAUUGUUGUGUUUGAGGCAGUGGGUAGUUAAAGUGUCCGUGUGUGUGUGUGUGCAAAUUCAAUGGUAAACAUUUUCCCUUCCUAAUCCAUUUGCCCCCACUCCUCCCCACAAAACGGUAUGUACUAUAUCUCCAUAUCUUUGAUUGCAUUGGCAUAAUAAUCCAUCUGUUUGUCUGUUUUUCCAUAUCUUCCCUCAGCUCCUGGCCGGAGAGCCGUUUGGAACGACCCGGAGUAAGACCAUUCCCAAGGAGCACCUGGCCUCAGCCCAGGAUCUGGACACCAUCUGGUCUCUCGGGGCAAGGCAGUUUUAUCUCUUAAUGUUCCCUUAAUAUCACUGUUAAAUUACAUCCAUUUUGUUGUGUAGUCCGAUUCAACUAAGCAAUAUUUCAACCACUCCUUGUACUAUGAGUGAUGUUUAUGUAGCCAGCCUUCUUCUCAGCAUGACAUGAAGUACGGAGGCCCCCGAGGAUCAACAGAAUUGAAUCAGGAUUUGUUUAAACAUUAUAUAUAUAUAUAUAUAUAUAUAUAUAUAUAUAUAUAUAUAUAUAUAUAUUAGUGUUCCAUGAUUGCCACUAUGGUCAGAGAGAGGACUCAGCACUGAAUGUGCCAGUAAUGCCCCAAAAGCGUGUCUUGGUUUUAUUUGUUGUAGGCUUUCAGUUUCACCAUGUUUUAAAGACACAAGCCACAACUUAUUUUGGUUCCCAGGUAAUUUCUUGUGUUUGUUUUGGUCCACAGGGCUAUCUCCAGUACUCUGUGUUGUUCUAUGGGUACUACAGCCCGGUGAGGAAGAUCGGCAGUGCCGGCUAUCGCCUCCCCCUGGCCUACUUUCUGGUUGGGAUGGCUGUUUUUGCCUACAGUUUCAUCAUUCUGUUAAGAAAGUAAAUCACUAGAGUCUCUUUUAAUAAAGCUCAUUUAUGUGGAUUGAUAUUGAUGUUAAAAUGAAAGUGAAGUAAUAUUGAGAGGAAUGUAUUACCAAAGGAGACCAUUGAUGGGGCUACUGUAGCUAAUAGCUACUACUAAUGCCAAAUAUUAUAUUUUUUAAGGUAGACUGAGUGACGGAGAUACACAAAGUAAAAAGCAUAGUGGUUAUUACAUUGUAAUAGCAUGAAGGGAACCCCUGCACAUGCACAGAUACUGUGUGGGACUGUGUGAGAGCGAAGUCUUGCAUCUCGCUCAUCUCAAUUUCUGCGGCACUGCUCGUGGCAUUUCGCUGAGUCUGCCUUUAACAUGACUUCAAAUUGUAUUAUUUUUCCAUGGUCUGUCUGACUAACCAUUGUAGUGAUUAUAUUUGAACUGUUUCUGUAUUAUCUAUAAAGGUGUUUGAAAACUGUUCUAUCGCCAGUUUAACCUCUUAUUAGGAACACAAUGAUGUGUCGCUAAUUGAUGCCAUUUUGUAUUAUUUAUUUACAUUUUCCCUCAGGAUGGCUAAGAACUCCCGUCUAAGCCUGGCCAGUGCCUCUGACGAGAACUUCACCUUCUGCUGGAGAGUGUUCUGUGCCUGGGACUACCUCAUAGGGAAUCCUGAAGCUGCAGAGAGCAAGGGAGCCGCUAUCGUCAACAACAUCAGGGUGAGAGAGACACAGGUCAUGGUGCAAGACUCAGGGACACAUUUCUGUAGUGGAAAAUAAUUUUGCAUUAGUGCAAAACAUCUGUAAACCUCAUCAUCUUGCAGUGAUUUAAUUUGAAAAUAAUUAUUCAACGUUACAAUGUAAACUGAGAAAUACGUAAAUAGUUGCCUCUUUAUAAUGCACAUUGUUGAGGUAGUUUCAAAUGUAAAAAUGAGUAUACAACUCAUCAUAAUGUGUUACAUGUAAUGAAGUCAAAACUGAGGAGUGGGGCAGUAUUUUUUUGCACUACGAAAAUGUUGCCCUCAAUAGUCUAAACGGACCUCCUCUGCUCAUCUCCUGUCCGUCAUCAGCAUUGAUCUGAAAGAACUGGACUAGUGGAGCAGAUUCACACUAGUCAGUAAAGUAAAGUAAAUUAGGUGAUUGGUGUGAAUGAGCUUCACUUAUCCAGUUCUUCCAGAUCAGAGCAGAUGAAGGACCAUAGAUGAGCAGAGGAGGUCUGUUUAGACUAUUGAGGGCGACAUUUUUGUAGUGCAAAAAUAAUAGUGCAAAGUGCAAAAAUGACUAUACAACUCAUUAUAUUCUGGCAGCGUAAUUACAUUUUAAACUUUACCUCGAUCUACCACUUUGCUUUCACUUAUCCUGUGUUUUCAGAUCAUCACAAAUGAUGGAGAGGAGAUGGGAAGAGGAAGCCAUGUAACACAUUUGAGGUGCACGCUCAAUCAUCUUACCAGGUUUCCUUUCCUCGUCUCCUCUCCUUCAUCUGCACUGAGCCAUUGAGAAACACUGCACCACUCCACUCCUCAGAUUUGAUUUCCAACGAUCCCGACUUCUUUAAUUCACUCACAGCACUCUGUAGAGUAGAAGUAAAUGUACCAUUGUAUUACUGCUGAUUUCCCUGAGGGAUGAUCUAUAAUCUGUAUUCUACCUCUAAACAAGAGAGCCCUUUAACCUGCCUGUUGAGUUUCCCUGUACAGUCAGCAAAAUAUACAUUAUAUUCCUCUGUUUCAAUAAGCUCAGUUUAAAUCCCUAUAUGCUUGAUUCAAUACAGCGUUUUUGAUUUAUUUAUUCUUAUUUUACCUGUAUUUUACCAAGUUUUGUCUCAUCAAGAUUUACAAUUUAAUGUUCUACAGUUAACUGGACAAAAUUGCAGCAAAGAUGUAGUUACACAAGAUGGAUGACAUGAAUAAAUGCUAAUUCUUUGCCCCUUUUUCUAGGAGGCCAUUGUUGAGGAACAGGAGAAAAAGAAGGAUACUAGUCUGUAAGUAUGUUUAUUCUCUUGUCCAUGUAGAGGGUGGCUAAGUUAGCAUCACACAUUGAUAUUGCUUUCCUGUGAGUUGCUGUCACCCUGGACCCAUUAAUGGACCCUUAGCUUUUGUGCGUCAGUGGUGUUAUCCUUUGCAAAGUAUCUUGUGUCAUUCUGACAUUGGUAGAAUCCAGGACCAUACCACAUUCAUUGAUGAUGCUCUUUGGUUUAGGGGUCUAGUGUGGGAGGAGGGUCUUCCUGGAGUCUUCCUACGGGGAGUGGGAUCUUCCUGGGGUCUUCCUGCGGGGAGGGGGGUCUUCCUGGGGUCUUCCUGAGGCAUACAUCUACACAUCUACAUUUUGUUGUUUCUCUGAGUGGAGCAGAUGUCAUUUGCUGUGUAUGUCAGGUAUGUCCCAGGCAUGGGAUGGCGAUACCAGGAGACAGGCCAGUACAUCAGGCGAAGUGGAGGAGGCAGUUUCGGAGGGCACCAACCCAGCAGCAGGACUGCUACCUCCGCCCUUUGUGCAAGGAGGGAGGAGCAGGAGGAGCAUGCCGAGCCCUGAACUGCACCUCCAGCAGGCCACAAAUGUGCAUGUGUAUGCUCAAACGGUCAGAAGAAACAGACCCUAUGAGGGUGGAUGAGGGCCUGAGUCCACAGGGGGGGGUGUGUUACAGCCCAACACCUGUGCAGGAACGGUUUGGCAUUUGCACCAGAGAACACCAAGAUUGGCAAAUUCGCCACUGGCGCCCUGUGAAGUGCUAUUCACAGAUGAAAGCAGUUCACAAUGAGCAAAGUGGACAGACGUACAGAG